UAACAGCAACCCAACCGGGAAGUGCAGCUGUGCACACGCUCAGACUUUUCUUUUGUGGCUGGCCAGUUCCGUGUGCACUUGCCUGGAGCCAUGGCACAGCUCUACUGUACUGCUCCAGCCUCGCUGCUGUGCACCCUUGCUAUGCUGUUCAAAAUGUCUCUGUCAGUGGACCAUGUGCCGAUGCUGCUUUGGUCAACUCAGAGAUCACAGUGGAAUCCAGACACUGCUAUGCAUGAAGGGCACGUUGUCUCAGCACAGGAGCUGACAGUACUCUUGCAAUCUCUUUUUACCCAGAACUCCAGAAACCUCGUCUUGUUUCUGCAAGAUAGGCUUAGUGUAGAUGAUUUCACAUACCUCAGUGAAUCCUAUGGCAACAAGAAUCCGUUUGAAAAUGUUCAGGAAAUUCUUCAGUCUUCUCCUUCAUCUUUAGUUUUGCCAGCUGUUGACUGUGAGGCUACCAGGUAUCUUCUGAGCUUUCUUCAGGAGUCAGGAGAUUGGAAGUUAACAAAUGUAACUAAUCUCAAUGUGUCUCAACUGGAAGUGAAUGCAUCCGAAGGAAACUUACUGGUGGUUCAACUACAACCACUUGUCAGUGGUUUAAAAGAGAUUUCCACCCUAGAAGCAGUUGCUGAAAAUGACAAAAUAAUCAGAAGAGUGACCAUGGAUCUGCAGGAACGAGGGAUUCAUUUUUCAGUAAUUUAUACUGCAGUGAGACCUUCAAGGAUUUCUAGAAGGACCAAUGUGGUGGCAGAAUUGAGACGUCAAUUAAUGGCCACUGAGGAAGAAGAUGAUUUAUCAUAUCCUCCUCUGAAUAUGACCGCUGGAAAUUAUACAUGCAUCCUUUUUUAUGCAAGUAAUUUCAGCCUCAAAGCCAACAGUUCAGUUUUUGUAGAUUUGACAAAUGCAACAUUUGUAACACAGGAUGUGGAUAUUUCUGCCUCUGAGUGCUCAGACAGCAACACAACACUGUCAUUAAAAUACACAAAGCCAGUGAAUGGAAUCAGCAGUCUAGAGAUAAGGUUUUUAAUGACCAACAAGUUCUAUGAAGGUUCAGCUAGACAAUGGUCCACUUUAGAUUCAGUGGAGAUCAUACAAGAUGGAGAAAAGUUUGCUAAAUUUAAUGUUUCUGUCAUCUCUGCUCCUGCAGAGUAUUCAUUUCAUUGUCAGCUGGUGGGAACAAGCAAUCUCUAUCCUGCAAGGCUGAUUCCAGCCAACAAUGAGGCAAAAAAUUGGGAUGUUUUCAUUUCCAGGUUGCAGAUUCAAGGCUUCAACAUUGAAAACAACCAGUUUUCCUAUGCAAGUGACUGUACAGGUUUCUUCACUCCUGGAAUCUGGAUGGGCCUGAUAACAUCUGUAAUUUUACUGUGGAUCUUGACUUACGGAAUCCAUAUGAUCAUGCAGCUCACAACAAACAGCAGAUUCGAUGAUCCCAAAGGUCCGGCUCUGUCAGUUCCUCAGACAGAAUAACCAUGGACUCACUCAAUGGUGCUGUGGCUUUUCCUAGUCUGAUAUUUAUGAUUUUUAUAACCUUUCUACUUCAUAAUAUGUGUAACCUAAAAAGAUAUCAUAGCAGAAAGAGAUAAUUAAACUACAUAUAAAAAUGAUCCCUAUGCUUGGAAACAAUAAUAAAUCUACUUUUUAUUACCAUCAUUUGUUAACACCUGUCUGUGUUAAGGUUCUGAAGUGAGGUUGUAGAGGUUAUUACUCUCUCUGGCUAUUAGAAAGACCAUUAAAAAUUGCCUUCAAAUUAACUAUUAUUGGCAAAGAAAGGAUAUCAUGACAGAGAUAAUUGUGAAGGAUAAAUAACUUAUUUGAUGGGAAACUAUAUAUUGAAAAUACUGGUGUCUCUACAGUCUCUUCAGUAUGUCAUGAUGAUGCUACAUCUUAAAAAGGCUGAACUGUGUCUUGUAAUUUUUUCUCUUGAGUAAACCAUCCACGAAUGGAUAGAACUAAUAAAGCUAGUAAGUCACUAACUAAAUGGUCUUGAGAACCUUUUCAAAAUACAUCACUUUGUUCAGAUGUGGUAUCACAAAGGAGAAUGGGCAGAUGAAGGCCUAGCUUCCCUCUAAUGUUGUCUUAUGCCUGUGAGAGUUACGUUGAGUAACACUGACUCCUAUUUGUUUUAACCAUGGACAGCUGAUGGAGCAAGAUCCAUCUUGUCCAAACUGAUCACAAAAUUAAACUUGAUGUCAUGGCAAUGAAUGCAACUUUUCAAGUUCAGAACCUAUUAUGAUUCAGUGCAGACAGCAUCUUAACAGAGAUAAGGUCAUUUUCGUAGCAUCUCGCCUUUCCCAGGUAUCUUUGGAGUAGUUAUGAAGGUCAUACAAAGAAAGAAAAAUAAUGUUAUAUAAAGUCACUAGAAGCACUGUGCUAAUGUACUGUUUAAGCCUAAAAAUGUUAUGGUCAUCUCAGUGAUUCCAGAAACCCGAAAACCUUCACAGUGUGCUGUAUUAUUCUGCAAUUAAUAAAGAUACUGGAUCUUCUCA